GAUAAAUACGUUGUGUUUCAUGUGACCUGUAAAUAAGCACCUGUUCUCUGCUGAUCUUUAUUCAUCCUGUUAUGACCAGUAAUAUCGUAUGCUGAUUGUGAUGAAUGUGAUGAUUGUUGUCAGUGUGGAUCAGGCUCACAGUCUCCGGGAGGUUCAAGCCAUGAAGCGUUUGAGUUCGCAUCCCAACAUCCUCCAGCUUCAUGAGCUCAUUUACGAUAAAGGCUCCGGAACGCUGUCACUCAUCUGUGAGCUCAUGGAGAUGAACAUAUAUGAGUUCAUUAAAGGCCGUCAGUGUCCUCCAGCCGAGAGUAAAGUCAAGCACUACAUGUUCCAGCUGUGCCGCUCUCUGGAUCACAUGCACAGCCAUGGUAUAUUCCACAGAGACGUGAAGCCGGAGAACAUCCUGAUCAAGAACAAUGUGCUGAAGCUGGCAGACUUCGGCUCCUGCAGGAGCAUCUUCUCCAGACCUCCUCACACCGAGUACAUCUCCACACGCUGGUACCGCGCGCCCGAGUGCCUGCUGACCGACGGACACUACUCGCAGAAGAUGGACAUGUGGAGCGCCGGAUGCGUCUUCUUCGAGAUCCUCAGUCUGUGCCCUUUAUUCCCCGGCCGAAACGAGUUAGACCAGAUCAACAAGAUCCACGAGGUUCUGGGCUCGCCGGACAUCACGCUGCUGCAGAAGUUCAAACAGUCUCGUGCGAUGCGCUUCGACUUCCCUCCUCGCAGAGGCUGUGGCAUCUCCCAGCUGAUCCCUCAGUGCUCUGCAGCCGCUCUGUCUCUGCUGCACCAGAUGCUGACCUACGACCCCGAGGAGCGCGUCAGCGCCCGCACAGCGCUGCAGCACCCCUGCUUCAGAGAACUGCGGACGUCUGAGAGGAAAGCAGCGAGUCUGCGGAAGGCCAUGGGAGCCGUGGAGGGAGAAUCCAGCGGGAUUCCUGCAUCCGUGGAUCAGCUGUGGAGAAUCGCACGGCAGGGAAGACGACAGCAUCUCAAGCACGCCAGCGACUCGCUCAGCCGACGAAACGCCUCGCACUUCCCUCUGGAGCUACCAAAGCUCAGCGUGGUGAUCCCGACGCCCACAAUCCCUUACCCAGUGUCCAGCUUCCCAGCGCGGAGCGUCUCGCAUCGCGGCUCUCUGCCGGCCAUCUCCAAAAAGUGCCACUCGGCUUCAUCAACAGUGAUUGGUAGUCACACGUUAAACGUUUAG